UGUAUGAAUUUGCAUUCAGUUUUAGUGCUGCAUGUUAUGCAUCUAUGGCAGUCAUUCAUUUUGGGGGGUUGAAGAGAAAGGGGAAGCCAUGGUGGAAGCGUUGUGGAUGGGAAAAAGACCAGAUUUUUAGGUGCUUUGUUUAGUUUACGCAAAUGUUCUACACAUACAAUGGAUUGGCGCCGAUUGGUUGUGAGAGGUGGAAUGGAAUAUUUUCCCUUACAAUUUAGUUUCGGGGUGGGGGGUGCAAAAAAUUUGCUCCCGUUACAAAAUAGACCAAAUAGGUUGUAAUUGGAAUCACAUAGUUGGAGAAAGAAAUGGGUGCUUUUUAGAGGUGAAGAACAAAGUAAAAUCUUAUUGCAUAGUUUAGGGCUAAGAAUGAAAAAAAAAAGUCUUCUUUGAGGAUACUUUUUAUUUGGUUGAUACUUGUUUUUGAGGAUAUAUAACCAACAUCAAACAUAAAUGUUCCUCAGCAAUUAAGUUGUAGAGGGGUAUCUCAAAUUGUAUGUUUAAUGCUUCUUUGGCCAUUUUGGGAUGGAUUUUAUGUGGUUUUAGAACUUAGUCAGCUCGUCAAGUUUGUAUAUAUAGGUAUGUAUAUUCAGAAUUUCUUGUUUGUAUUGGUAUGUAACUCUCCCGGUUUUGAUGGGUGACUCGAGAUUCAAGGGCUAUGGAAAUUGACGCUUAUGUGUAGUUUUGAUUCACAAGCUCAUCAUGUAGCAAUCCUAUCAGAGUUAAGGUAACAAUGUCCAUUUCUACCUGUUAGCUUGAUUAUAGGGAUAUUUGUGUGCUUUGAAAUGCCAUUUUGAGGCUGUGGAGCUACCAAAAUUUAUUUAUCAUUUUCGUGACAACCCUAAGUGCUUUAAGGGAGAUUAAGUAAAUGAUAAAUCUACGUGUAGCAAUGGAAGCCCCAUUGAGUUUAAGCAGUCAUACAAAUUGUUCACUUUAACCGCAAAACUCUUAGCUCUAGGGGAACUUUUUGAUCUUUAAUGCUGUAAUUAUUUAUGUAGGAAGCUACGAGCUUAAUGGUCGGAACCUCCGGUGGACAUGAUUUUUUUGGAACUGAAAGCCGGUCUGACGAUGAAACUUUUGAUAACUUUGGUGAACAUGAAGCCAAAGAGGAUGAGCUGUUACACGGAUGUGAUUCUUAUGGUGCCUUGGAUGAAAAUCUAAUAUUCAUCAAACCAUCACCUAGCGGAGUACAUGAGGAUAAGUUUGAACCAUUUAUUGGAAUGAUUUUUCCAUCUUUAGAUGCAGCAAGGGAUUUCUAUUAUGAAUAUGCCAAGCAUACAGGUUUCACCAUACGGACAAACCGAAUUCGACACUCUCAAAAGAACAUGGCUAUAAUAGGACGGGAUUUUGUGUGUUCAAGAGAAGGUUUUCGUGCAGCAAAACAUGCACUUAAGAAAGACAGGGUUCUUCCUCCAAGGCCAAUUACAAGAGAAGGGUGCAAAGCUAUGAUUAGGCUGGCGGCAAAAGAUGUAGGUUCAUGGAUUGUCACGAAAUUUGUCCGAGAUCACAGCCACAAGUUAAUGACUAAAUGUAACUUUGCUGGGGAAUUGCCAACCGUAAAUAUACUCAGUGAGGAAGAGAAAGACAAGAAAAUACUUGAACUUAACAAUGAACUGCAACAUGAAAGAGAACGGUCUUCAACAUUCCGGGAACAACUUCAUACGAUUCUUAAAGAUCUUGAGGAACAUGCUGAGUUUAUGUCUAUUAGAGUUGAAGAUAUAGUUAACACAAUGAAAGGUUUUGAACUUGAUGACGACUAGCCUUUGAACACCAACUAGGUUUCAGUUUUCUAGGUUAGUGUAGCUUUCGUACGCCCAUUUAUGACGGCAUCUUGUCCUUCCACUCCUAAACGCCAUUUCAACAUCAUCUGAAAUUUUUCGCAUUACAUAACAUCUAGAACAUAUUUAAUUAUUUAUGAUAUAAUAGGAGGAAUGCAAGCAUUAGUACUGUGUAUCUUUAGUCUUGACUUUGUUUGUUAUACUGGGAGAUACCAUGUUAAUAGUGUAAUAUAUAGAAGCUGAGAGUGAAUUUCA